UACAAUUAACCAUCUAAUUUAUUUCCCAAAAGAAGGAAAAAUUGAACAAUUAACUGUUCUUGUUAAUCUCUGUUGUCUCUACCAAAACAAUUGAUUUAUUAACCAGCAAUUAAUAGAAAUCAGUGAGAAAGAUCAAUUUACAUUGUGUUCCAAUCAACGUAAUUAACCAACAAUCAUCUCUAGGAUAAUAUUAUUAAUAGUUAAUUUUAUAAUUCUCAUUCACUUGAUUACCUCUUAAUUUUUUCUCUCUCUCUCUCUCAUUGUUCAUUAAUCAUUCCUUAAGGAAAAUCCUGUUACCAUCAAUCGUGAUUAAUAUUGAUAAUAUUCAUUUUCUACCUGUGAUUUGUAACUUUUUCAAUCAAUGGAUCAUCUUAAUUGUCAAUUGUGAUUAAAAUGUGACAAUCAAACGGCUUUCCAAUGACCACUAGUAGGAUCAUUUCGGGUUUACCACCGUCUUACCUGAGAGAUGCUACACCUUAUUGUUAUCCGAAUUUCGAUUGGAAAAUAAUUGAUUUCUGUGAACAACAAAUACUAAUUACUGAUGAUUAUCCUCGAACAGCGAAGUGUAUUGUCGUCGGUGACGCUGGGGUCGGUAAAACCUCGUUAAUCCAUCGAUAUCGUACCAACGAGUUUGCAUUUGACCACAAAGAGACGAUUGGAGUUGAUUUCGAUGUUCAAUCUUAUACAAUAUUGGGAUUACCUUUUAAUAUUCAGAUCUGGGACACUGCGGGCCAGGAAAGAUUUCGUUGUAUAACAAGUUCUUACUAUCGAGCAUCUAACGUGGCCUUAAUUGUCUUUGAUUUAUCCAAUAUAAAAUCUCUUGCGAAUACAAUUAGAUGGCAUUCGGACAUUAAAAGGGUCACUGAAGAUACUUUACUAUUUCUUGUUGGUUCUAAGCGAGACUGUGUCUCACCAGCCGCUCUCGAAUUUACGGAAACGGAAGCGAUCAGAAUUAGUAAUCAAAUGAAGGCUGAAUAUUGGAGUGUCUCAUCUCAAACGGGUGAAAAUGUUAAUCAAUUGUUCAAUCGAGUGGCAGGAUUAACCUUUCAGGAGAUAAUUUCAACGCGAAUUCAUGAGAUUGAAGAAGAGCGAAUCUCUGGUGAUCUUAAUCAGUCCAAUCAACAUAAUGAAGGAUUAAUUGUUCUAAAUCAAAAAUCACAAUCAAAUACGUUGAAAAAUUGUUGUGCCUUCAAAAAUUUUGCAUCUAAAUGAAAUUGAGGCCAAAUUGUAAUUUCACGAACGCAAAAAACGUCCCAAUCAACGAUUAACAUUAAAUUUUCUUAAAUUUA